AUGCUCAAGGGCUAUAUCAACGACCUCUUCCGGUCACGUAGUUUGUUUUCUAAACAUCAAGGCUUCCAGCCAGACUCUCAUACUGGUUUUAUUUCAUUAUCACGCGCCGCACGUUCUUCGCACCGCCAUGACCAAAUGAUGGCACCUUCCACGCUCUACGACAAAUUAUGCAUUAACCAACAACUCGGUGGAGCCCGAGUCACCAUUGACCGGCUGGACUCCUCGGGUCAGCUCGUGCCCAUAUGGGCUUUGCACAACAGUCCCGACGAAAAGUCACUUGCAAUCCUGCAUGCCGAUCCCCGACUUCAGGAUCCCAACGCCGCGCUUGGAUCUGCCAAACUGCAUUCUCUCUCCUCCAAAAUUGAUAUUACUGUACGCGGCGAAGCUCUGAAGAUGAAGAGCAACACCAUGGGAACGAAGCAUAGUUUUACAUAUCACGGCAAUGAGCUAAGCUGGGGCGUUGACAGCAGCACGUUGUCGUCAAGCACGCUGUACCUGAAAGACUCUUCGAAGAGAGUGUUGGCGAUUUAUCAGAGGCGGCCUGGAGGGAUGUUCAAGCAGAGUCAACCUACUUUUGAUAUCUAUGUGCCGCCGGCGACCAUGGAUAUGGACAUGCUAGUGGUGACAGGGUUGGCGGAAGCAAAGUACCGGUCGAAGGAGAAGAAAGAUUCCAUUGAGGCCAUGGGGGAGAUUCUCAGCGCCUGA